CUGCCGCGGCCGCCACCGCCGCCGCCGCAGCUGUAGGGGACUGCGCGGGUACGCAGGCGAAAGGCGCCCUUUCCCUGCUGAAAGUUCCCUCGGAAACCCUCUCCCUCGCCCACCAUGGCUGACGAAAUCGACUUCACUACUGGAGAUGCUGGGGCUUCCAGCACUUACCCUAUGCAGUGCUCGGCCCUGCGCAAAAACGGCUUCGUGGUGCUCAAAGGACGACCAUGUAAAAUAGUAGAGAUGUCAACUUCCAAAACUGGAAAGCACGGGCAUGCCAAGGUUCACCUUGUUGGAAUUGAUAUUUUCACUGGCAAAAAGUAUGAAGAUAUCUGCCCUUCUACUCACAACAUGGAUGUUCCAAAUAUUAAGAGAAAUGAUUAUCAACUGAUAUGCAUUCAGGAUGGUUACCUUUCCCUGCUGACAGAAACUGGUGAAGUUCGUGAAGAUCUUAAACUGCCAGAAGGUGAACUAGGCAAAGAAAUAGAAGGAAAAUACAAUGCAGGUGAAGAUGUACAGGUGUCUGUCAUGUGUGCAAUGAGUGAAGAGUAUGCUGUAGCAAUAAAGCCCUGCAAAUAAAUGGGAACAUCAGGCAUGAGCAAACUGUUAAGGUCUGGAUCACCUACAGAUCUGAAGUUUGGUUCUAAGUUGGCACCAAAGCUAUAGCCUUCAUAAGCAACCUCAUUUCUUUUUAUAAUUGUUUUGAAAUUGUGCUGAGCUAGUUUUGCAGGCAAUUAGUAAUUUAAAAAAAAUAAUCAAGAUGUAGAAUCUUGAUUUUUUUUUUUAAUUUUGUAGGUGUCUUUCCUAUAACAUUCCUGUGGUUUUCAGUUUGUGGGUCCAAGAAACAGAAUAGCUUCAGCAGAUGUGAACUGUCUGAGCAAAUCAUUCCUGAAUUUUAGUUAAAUGAUAAAUAAACCAGGGUUUUAAAUCAAA